CCUUUAUGUCACUGUUCAUCGUUUUCAAUAAAGCUUUGGCAGAACGCGUGGGUGAUCACUGUGGACGGAGCGUGAGUCCGCUGAAGAAGAAGCAGCGCCGCGUACACAACGCUUCGUUUUGAGCAGGGAGCGAGUUGAACUUGUUUCUGAAUCUGCGGAUCAUCGAGUGGAAACAUGGCAGAGAGCGACUGGGACACGGUGACUGUGCUGAGGAAGAAGGGGCCGACCGCUGCUCAGGCCAAAUCCAAGCAGGCUAUCACGGCUGCUCAGAGACGUGGGGAGGACCUUGAAACAUCCAAGAAAUGGUCUGCAGGACAGAACAAACAGCAUCUGGUCACGAAGAACACGGCCAAACUGGACCGGGAAACGGAGGAGCUGCACCACGAGAGGGUCACCCUGGAGGUGGGCAAGGUCAUCCAGCAAGGCAGACAGGAGAAAGGCCUGACCCAGAAAGACCUGGCCACUAAAAUUAACGAGAAGCCUCAAGUCAUUGGAGACUAUGAAUGUGGGAGAGCAAUUCCCAACAACCAGGUCAUGUGCAAGAUAGAGAGAGCAAUUGGGCUGAAACUGCGUGGGAAGGAUAUGGGCCAACCCCUGGAGGCAAAACCCAAGAAGAAAUGAAAACAAAGCCUCGAAAUCAGCCCCCCCCACACCCCCAGUCCCAUUUUACCCUUUAUCUGAAACCUGAACUCCCACCCCAUAUCCCCCACCUCCUCCUUUCCUUUCCUCUCUUCCUCUUCCCUUCCUCUACCCGGGCUGAUCUCACCUGCGUCCUGCCUGAGGACCAUGGUGCUCCACUGCAUCACAGGCUGCAUACUAACCAGUCAUCUGAAGACACUCUUCUGACCGCAUAUUCAAAAGAAUAAUUGAACGGCCUUUUUCGACAUCGCAAACUCGUUUCUGUUCACCUUAGGUCAGCGUAUGCUUUGGCAUGAUGAACUCAUUAUUUUUGAUAGUGAUAUAAAAUCAUUAAAAGGAUUGUGUGUUUUUCACGACCAGACAAACGCGUUCGACUAACUGUAAUUCUGAGCAUGAUGUUAAGCCAAAAGUGCUUGAUUGCAUCUGAUUUUUUUUUUCACACACUUGAGUGGAUGUCAUUACAGUGUUUUUAAGGCUGUGCUUUGUUUUGAUCUAAAAAAAAAAUAAAGUUUGGCACUUCA